AUGCUCGAGAGAGGUAACGCUGAUCAUGCUAUCCAGCGGCGACUGGCGGUGGUGACCAGCCAUGAAAGAGUAAUUAAAGAAGAAGAAGAUGAUGAUGAUAAUCAUGACGAUGAAGAAUCAGGUAGAAGUAGACAGCGAAGACCGACAUUGGAUGUUGGAGGUUGGAUAUUGCCUGUUUGGGCGACGAAGUUAGGGUUUAGGGCUUGCUUGGAAAUCAACCCGCUUAUUAAUUAUUUCGGUGUGUGUGUUCGACUUUCGCCCCGAAACGGAAAAGAGAAACUUCUUUCUCUUCGCUUCUCUGCUGCGUCGAGAAUAUUAAAACCACCACUGGAACCUCUUCCAGUCUUGUCGUUCGCAGGAAGUGCUCGUUAUACACGCUACGCACCGAUAAGAUGGCGCGCCGUCCAGCAAGAUGUUAUCGCUACUGCAAGAACAAGGUGGGUUGAGCCUUUUGAAAUGCUCCCGUUAUCAUGCGCCCCCGCGGAUUGCACUCGGAAGGAAGAGAGGGAUAUCAGGAUAUCUCGUGGAUAUGCGCCUGGAUUCGCUGUUACAAGGGAUGCGGAAUGGUGGAAAUCGGACCCUAAGAUCCGAAUCUUCGAUCUUGGACGUAAGAAGGCCAACGUGGAUGACUUCCCUCUCUGCGUCCACAUGGUCUCCAACGAAUAUGAACAGCUGAGUGCCGAAGCCCUCGAAGCCGCCCGUAUCUGCGCCAACAAGUACCUUGUCAAGAUUGCCGGAAAGGAAGGUUUCCACCUGCGUGUCCGUGCCCAUCCAUUCCAUGUCGUCCGUAUCAACAAGAUGUUGUCGUGCGCUGGUGCCGAUAGAUUGCAGACCGGUAUGCGUGGUGCCUUCGGUAAACCCAACGGCUCCGUCGCCCGUGUCAACAUCGGCCAGAUUCUCCUUUCCGUCCGCACCCGUGAUGCUCACCGCGCCACCGCCGUCGAGGCCCUCCGCCGUUCCAUGUACAAGUUCCCUGGUCGCCAAAAGAUCAUCGUCUCCAAGAACUGGGGCUUCACCCCUCUUCGACGAGAGGAGUACGUCCGUCUCCGACAGGAGGGACGUGUCAAGAUCGAUGGUGCUUACGUCCAGUUCUUGAGAAACAAGGGCCCAGUCGAGACCAACAUGCGAAGAUUCCCAGAUGCUUAUGAGAAUGUUUCCCAGGAGGCAUAG